CUAUGUAGUCGAUUUAUCUCCACUAGAUUUUGCGAGUGAGCCAACAUCAGCCAUUGGUUCCUUUAGGGCCAAAACUCAAAAGCAAUAGCCAUGGCGACGCUAGCCACACUAUCUCUCUGCUGCCCGACCUCACAUUCACCACUCCAUUGUUCUUCAACCAAACCCAAUUCUCUCCAUUUCACCACACCCAAGAAGAGAAGCUCUUCCCACAGUCAAAGGAGGUUUAGAGUUUUGGCCGUCACAGAGGGCUCUGCUAAGAACACAAGCAAAGAAGGAGAAGAAGACCCUUCAGUUCCCUCUUGGGCCAAACCCGGGUCAGAAGAGCCGCCCCCGUGGGCCAGAAAUGAGUCCCAGAAAGAUUCUUCCAGCUUUGAGGUUCCCUUCUAUGUGUAUCUUCUGGCCUCAGCUAUCACUGCCAUUGCUGCUAUCGGUUCGAUUUUUGAGUAUGUGAAUCAAAAACCCGUUUUUGGAGUUGUGAGCCCCGAUAGUGCAUUUUAUGCUCCUCUACUUGGGUUCUUUGUUUUCACAGGCAUUCCCACUUCUGGAUUUCUUUGGUUCAAAUCGGUUCAAGCCGCUAACAAGGAGGCAGAUGAGCAAGACAAGAGGGAUGGGUAUCUUUAGAUUCUUUGUUACUCACUUGUACAAUGUACUUGGUUCGAGUUGUAUCUACUUGUAAAGAUUUUUGCACAGCGGCUCUGGGAUUAUUUCGUUGUGCAAGCUAGCUAUGCUAAUAUAUCAUCAUUGUCAUCACAAUCUGAAACCUCAUAAUGUAACUCAUACAUGAAUACUGUUUUGCCUCCUUUCUUGUUCUUUUUUCAUGUUACUAAUAACAAAGGUGAAAACUCAACCCUCUCUUUAGCUU